CUAGAUAUCCCAAGAAUUUAUAGUAGUAGUCAAUAAUGGAAGACACAAAGGAGAACGAUGCUUACGAGGAGGAGCUUCUUGACUACGAAGAAGAUGAUGAAAAAGCCCCUGAUUCCAUCUCCGGCAAAAUUAAUGGCGAGUCCGCCAAGAAGGGUUACGUUGGCAUUCACAGUUCCGGAUUCAGAGACUUUCUGCUAAAGCCAGAGCUAUUGCGGGCUAUUGUGGAUUCAGGGUUUGAGCAUCCUUCUGAAGGUAAAUUAUCACUAUCACUACUAUUUUGGAGAUGUACAAUGGUAAACUUUUUUGAACUGAAACUGAGGUCCCCCUCGCUACAAUCUCUUUGGUUCGUCGUCAGUGCAACAUGAAUGUAUUCCACAAGCAAUUCUAGGCAUGGAUGUUCUUUGUCAAGCUAAAUCUGGAAUGGGCAAAACUGCUGUUUUUGUUCUUUCAACGCUGCAACAGAUUGAACCUGUUGCUGGUCAGGUUGCUGCCAUAGUUCUAUGUCACACAAGGGAAUUAGCUUAUCAGAUCUGUCAUGAAUUUGAGAGGUUCAGCACAUACUUGCCUGAUAUCAAGGUUGCUGUUUUCUAUGGUGGUGUCAAUAUCAAACUUCACAAGGAGCUUCUAAAGAAUGAAUGCCCUCAUAUAGUUGUUGGAACUCCUGGAAGAAUACUUGCAUUGGCUAGAGAUAAGGACCUGUCUUUGAGGAAUGUGAGGCAUUUUAUACUGGAUGAAUGUGACAAAAUGCUUGAAUCACUUGACAUGAGAAGAGAUGUGCAGGCAAUUUUCAAGACGACUCCUCAUGACAAGCAAGUAAUGAUGUUUUCAGCAACACUCAGCAAAGAGAUUCGCCCCAUUUGCAAGAAAUUUAUGCAAGAUCCAAUGGAAAUAUAUGUUGAUGAUGAGGCCAAGUUGACCCUUCAUGGACUUGUACAGCACUACAUUAAAUUGAGCGAACUGGAGAAGAACCGGAAGCUGAAUGACCUGCUGGAUGCUUUGGACUUCAAUCAAGUUGUUAUAUUUGUCAAGAGUGUAAGCAGAGCAGCAGAGCUGAAUAAAUUGCUUGUCGACUGCAAUUUUCCAUCUAUCUGCAUCCACUCUGGAAUGACUCAGGAAGAAAGAUUGACUCGCUAUAAGGGUUUCAAGGAGGGGCACAAGAGAAUUCUUGUGGCAACUGAUUUGGUUGGGAGGGGCAUUGACAUUGAAAGGGUCAACAUUGUUAUUAACUUUGACAUGCCAGAUUCUGCAGAUACUUACCUUCACAGAGUGGGUAGAGCUGGUAGGUUUGGAACUAAAGGCCUUGCCAUCACAUUUGUCUCGUCUGCAUCAGAUUCUGAUGUUCUUAAUCAGGUUCAGCAGAGGUUUGAAGUGGAUAUUAAAGAGCUUCCUGAGCAGAUUGAUACUUCCACAUACAUGCCAUCAUAGUGGAGUGAGGUCUUCCUGGAAAAUAUUCAGGUGAAGUUGCAUGAAGAUAAGGGUUCACAAUAAGGCGGUUAUGCUUUUUUUGUUCAACAAACUGUCGGAAUUUGAUCCAAUUAAUUGGAAGAAUGGGUAGCUGCCUCUGUUUCUGCACUUUUAGAUUGAUGUACCUAUGGAAUCCAUACAUGUUUUAAUCAGUUCGAGAACUCCAAAUGUUAAUGUAAUCCUUUUAAGAACACAACUGAUGUCCCUUCUGCUGCCUAGUUGCUAAUGAUUAAUUCAGGCCAGGUCCAGAGUACUAGUUGAUGUUUACUUAAAUUUGUUCACUUGAAGUUCAAGAACUAUAUUUGUGAUGAGAAACUGUAAGCUGACAACUGAAACUGAAUCUGGAAACUCUGUUAAUCUGGUAAGUAUAUAUUUUUUUUUCCGCUGA